UUUAUCAGAAUGAUGGGGGGUCAUGUGAGCACUUCCAGUUUAUAAGUUCACAAAUGAAAGUAAAAUUAGUGAAGUUACUUCUUGAUCCUUCUAUACAAACCUUCAUGAACAGAAUUUAUUCAGACGCUUUAGACGAUUGUGGACAAACUUAAUGCUGAGCUGAAGAAGCUGUGUUUUGGAGUGAUGGAGUUCAUUUGUGUGACUCUGAUGAUUAUUAUUGAAAUCACAGAUUCAACAGCAGAUCAGCUUGUUGUUGUUGGACCUGUUGAUCCUCUCUUCAUUGAAUCUGGUGAAGAUGUGAUUCUGCCCUGUUCUCUUAAACCCAACAUCAGUGCUGUAAACAUGAGAGUCGAGUGGUUUAGACUUGAUCUCAAAGACUCAGUAGUUCAUCUCUAUGAAGAUCAUGAAGAUAAAAACACAAAUCAGCUUCAGUCGUACAGAGGAAGAACUGAAGUGUUUAAAGAUGAACUACAGAAAGGAAACACAUCGCUCAAACUAUCAAGAGUUAAAGUCUCUGAUGAAGGACUUUACAAGUGUUUUAUUGAGUAUAAAUCCUGGAGUGAUGACAUCACUGUUGAUCUCAGAGUUGAAGCUGUAGGAAGUCCUCCACUCAUCACUGUAGAUGGAUUUGAUGGUUCUGGUGGACUUCAUCUUCAGUGUGAAUCUAAAGGUUGGAACCCUGAACCUGAACUUGUGUGGCUGGACAGUGAAGGAGUCACUUUGACAUCUGAAACUACAGACCCACAGAGAGAGACAGAUGGAUUCAGAGUGAAACACAUGAUCACUGUAUAUAACAGAGACAGUAAAUAUCACUGUAGAGUCAAACUGAGACAUCACAUGAUGGAGACUGAGAUUAUUACAUCAAGUAAAAUGUUUAACUCUUGGAGGUCAUCAGUGAUCUUGAUUUCUUUUGUAUUUGUGCUCGGUGUGAUCGCUGUAAUAUUGAUCGCUGUGUUCAUCUAUAGACACAGAGAUCUACAGAAAAAGAAUCAGAGCCUAAAGAGUGAAGAGAGGAAAAUAAACAAUGAACGUGAGACACUUUCAAUGACUGUAAAAACUGUGAAAUCAUUGUUAAGGAGAUAUGCAGUGAAUGUGACUCUGGAUCCUGAUUCAGCUCAUCGACGUCUCAUUGUGUCUGAUGAUGGGAAACAAGUGAGAUAUGAAAAACAAUCAAGAACAGUAAAGGAUGGAGAUCAGAAGUCAAACAACAAGUUUGAUUAUCGUCUCUGUGUUCUUGGAAAUGAAGGAUUCACCUCAGGGUGUUUUUACUAUGAGGUGGAGGUGGAGGUGUUAAGUGAGUGGUUUGUGGGUGUGGCCAGAGAAUCUGUUAAGAGGAAGGGGUCGAUCUGGCUGAGUCCUGAGAAUGGAUACUGGAUGUCUGGUUUGAGAGAAGGAAAGUAUCAGGCUAGUGAGGAUCCACCUGUUCCUGUUUCCCUGAGUGUGGUGCCUCAGAGAGUUGGGGUGUUUGUGGAUUAUGAGGAGGGUCGAGUCUCUUUUUAUAAUGUGGAGUCUAUGUGUCAUAUCUACACUUUUACUGAUCAAUCUUUUAAUGGGAAACUAAAUCCUGUUUUUUAUGUGUAUAGUUCAUGGAUCUCAGCUGCACCUCUAAUUAUCUGCAGUGAUCUUUCAUAAGAUCUGCUAAAUAUCUGAUCUAAAAAUAUAAAUCCUCUCUGGAGAGGUCUCAAAGCCAUUUGAAGAGACUAUAUUUAAGUUGUUUCUGUAACCUGUAAUGGAAUUCAUUUUCAUGAAUAUGUGAUGAAGAUGAUACAUUUCUCUUUGGGGAAAAAACUGUUUUGUGCAUACAAAAAUAUAACAAAUCCAACACAUCAAUAACAAUCACACAGUCGUGUCAUUCACACCAGAGUUCAACAGUUUUGUGUCUAAAGGAACAAAAGAGUUAUUGUAGUGUUUUUAUCUUCAACAUAUGUGACCCGAUACAGGGCUGGAGUGGGGCCACUUUUCAGCCCGGGAGUUUCAGGCCCAAGACCGGCCCACUUUUUCUAUAGUGUUAUUCCAAAUUAGCACUUUUUUCAAAUUGGAUAAAUAAAGCAACAGUUCAGCUCUUACUAUAGUUUUUAUUAAUAUCAUGGUU